AGGAGCGAUCCGUCGCGCCCCCAAGUGGACGCGGACGGGUGCAGUGUGCGCUAUUGGAGCGACGCUAUUCAAAGCUUCCUCUGAAGAAAGUCAGCAUUUUUUUUUCACACAUUGAGGAAGCUCGCCUCUCUUAAGUUGCUAUCAGGGUUUUCCGUGAUAUUAACAGGAGCUUACGUGUCGCUUCCAUUCAAGUAAACUCGGCUUCUCCACGACAGAUUCGAGCGAGGCGCCUCCUCCCUCCGCCGCGACUGCUGUGGUGGAAUGAAAUACUCUCGAUCGUCGGCGCCACAUUUUUUUUUUCCAGGAGUUCAGUCAUUUUAUCUUCUUUGAGGCUCUACCGGUAAACUGAGGACUGAGAUGUUCUACUCCUGAAUUGCAGUCUUGAUCAAGGCUUCCACCACCAACACAUCAUCAUGGCGUCAAAUAUAAUUGUGGAACAACAAUUUUCCCACAAACUGACUGUGACAGUCGUUUGCGCCGAGAGCGUCACCAAGGGAGCACUUGGAGACUUGUUGGACACACCAGAUCCGUAUGUGGAGCUCUUCAUCCCGACAGCGCCAGAAAGCAGGAAGAAGACCAAACACAUAGACAACAACAUCAACCCAAAAUGGGACGAGACGUUUCAUUUCAUUUUAGACCCCAACCUGCAGAACAUCCUUGAGGUAACAUUAAUGGAUGCCAAUUACGUGAUGGACGAGACCCUUGGGACGGCUUCCUUUGACAUUGCCAACCUCAAAGUGGGCCACAAAAAGAAGGAGACCUUCCUCAUUGGCAAAGCAACCAAGGUCUACUUAGAGAUGUUCCUGGAGAUAUGCACUAAGUUGGAUCUACGCUUCAGCCUGGCACUGUGCGACAAUGAGAAAGAGUUCCGGCACAGCCGGAGGGACAGAGUGAUGCUGGGCAUCAAGAAGCUACUAAACAUGGAGAAACCUCGAUUCCUUCCCAGCUCGCCAGAAGAGGUACCAGUUAUCGCUAUCGCGGGUUCAGGCGGUGGCUUUCGUGCCAUGGUGGGCUACUCGGGUGUGAUGAAGGCCCUGUUUGAGUCUGGAGUCUUCGACUGUGCCACCUAUAUUGCCGGUCUCUCCGGAUCCACCUGGUACAUGUCCACCCUCUACUCGCACCCUGAGUUUCCAAACAAGGGCCCGAAAGAGAUCAACAAGGAACUCAUGAACAGAGUCAGCAGUAAUCCUUUGAGGCUCCUCCUGCCCCAACAUAUUACCAAUUACAUCCAAGCGCUGUGGACCAAGAAGGCCUCCGGACAGCCAGUUACCUUUACUGAUGUUUUCGGUAUGCUUAUAGGAGAAACACUCAUACCCGCGAGGAUGGACAUCAAGCUAAGUGACAUUCAGGAGAAAAUAAACCAGGCGCAAAGUCCUCUUCCCCUCUUUACGUGUCUGCAUGUCAAGCCAGAUGUUUCUGAGCUCAUGUUUGCAGACUGGGUAGAGUUCAGCCCGUAUGAAAUUGGAAUGGCUAAGUACGGCACCUUCAUGACACCCGGCCUGUUUGGAAGCAAAUUCUUCAUGGGAACAGUCGUCAAGAAAUACAAAGAAAACCCUCUUCACUUUCUAAUGGGUGUGUGGGGCAGCGCCUUCUCCAUUCUUUUCAACAGAGUACUUGGGGUGAAAAACACAACCGGAGGCUCCACCAUGGAAGAGGAGUUAGAACAGAUUAAGCCACAACACAUCGUGGGAGAAGACAGUAUGGACAACGAGGAUGAACCCCGCAAAGCUGGCACAGAGAACCAAGAGGCAGAGGACGAGUAUCAUCGCACUGCUCAGGCCAGCUGGGUUCAAAGGAUGUUCACUUCGCUUUUCAGUGACUCGGCAUUGUUCAACACCAGGGAAGGCCGCGCAGGCAAGGUGCAUAACUUCAUGUUGGGCCUGAACCUGAACACCAGCAUCCCUUUCUCUCCUGUCAGCGGAGUCAUCUACUCUGCACCUACGCCGGAGGAGGAGGUAGACGCUGUCACAGACCCAGAUGAGUUUGACCGUAUCUACGAGCCUCUGGACGUGAAGAGUAAGAAGAUCCACGUGGUGGACAGCGGCCUAACCUACAACCUCCCCUAUCCUCUCAUCCUGCGGCCCCAACGUGGCGUCGACCUCAUCAUCUCCUUUGAUUUCUCCGCACGCCCAAGCGACUCCAGCCCCCCGUUUAAGGAGCUCCUGUUGGCCGAAAAGUGGGCGCGUAUGAACAAGCUUCCAUUCCCGAAAAUCGAUCCAAAAGUCUUCGACCGAGAGGGCCUCAAGGAAUGCUACGUGUUCAAACCCAAAAAAGGCGAAAAGAACUGCCCCACUGUCAUCCACUUUGUCCUGGUCAAUAUCAACUUCAGGCAAUUCAAAGCCCCUGGUGUUCCCAGAGGGACUGAGAAAGAGAAGGAAUUGGCAGACUUUGACAUCUUUGACGACCCCGAGUCGCCGUUCUCUACCUUCAAUUUCCAGUACUCCAACGAGGCUUACACUCGACUCCACGACCUCAUGGAGUUCAACACCCUCAACAACUUGGAGGUCAUUAAAGAUGCCAUUAAAGACUGCAUCGUGUCUCGGAAGGAGAAUCCUUCAAACCGCACGUCGACCUUCUCCCUCAGUGAUAUACCCAAGAAGAGGUUCCUCAAAAGGAAUCUUCAUGGCAAACCCUGGACUCACCAUGAAAACAACCAGUAAGGACCAGGAGCCUGCGACAAGAUGGAGACUUUGGAUUCACGAUAUGAUUCCGUUUCGAGAUGGGCAUUUUCUUUUUGGAAACCGCCGAUGACUUUGUAUGUCGUGCUUUGAUGCUGUUGCUGAAUCGGACCCGAAUGGGGUUUAGUCAAGAACUGUGACGUUUGCCGCUGAAAGCCUCGGAAACACACUGACAUUUUUUUCACCUGACUUCAUUUGCACACUGGGAAAACUGUUCGCGGAUCGGAAGCAGCUGAUGUUUUGUUUACUCCUGGCUAAGACUGGAUGUCAACGCUUGUACUCUGUGUGCAACAAGUUGUUGGUAUUCUAUUUUUUUUUUUUUUUUUAAGAAACAGCUAAGUCACAUAUCAAUGCUUUUAUACCUUACUGCUUCCUGGGGUAAAGUACUUCCACAUCUUGCCUCCAACAUAUGAUAUUAAAUUUGCCUCGGAGCCUUGUGCUAUAUCAAUUUGUUGGUUGAACUUCCUUCCAUCUUCUUUGUGCCUUAACAAUACGCAACAUUAUUAUUUUUUUUUUCCGGAGGAAUGACUCGUCUAAACACGUAAACCCGACUGAAAUCAUCCGAGAAGCUUGUCAUCAUUUGUUUGAUGGUAACUUCUAAACACAGCGAGUGCUACCCCGCAAACAUUUCAAUGCUGUUUACUCACCUACAGGGAGGGAGGGAGCAGGGAGUGCCUCAUAAUAAAGCAGCCAUUAUACAAAAAAAAACAACACCUGAUACCAUAGAAACAGCCUCACUGCUUCUCUCGCCAUUGCGAUUAAAGGUGUGUUUAAUAUCCUGACUGUGUUGUUUCAGGCCACUUUUGAGAUAAAGCCCCAAGUUUGUCAUCCGGUGGCCAUUUCCUCAAGCUCCCGGCACCUGACCGGGUUUUAGCGCUCCUCAACAUGGCGCUCAGGUCAGAUGAAGGGAAGGUCGGGUUGUGAGAUAGCAUCAGAAAACGAUAGCUCUACUUCAGUGGAAUUUUACACACUACACCCCCAGCUGUGGAAGGCCGGAAUUUGACAGGUUACACCUCCACCUGCAGAGGCUCAAAGGGUACACGCACACCGCAGUGGAAUUUUACACUGAAAUGGUUCCGACCACUAUUGUACUCAUGUUUCUGUUUUCAAUGGUAGCCAUAAAAGAAGAAAAAAAACAUUGUUAGCAAAUGGUUUGCUAAUUGUGCUGUUUCUCACUUUUUAUGUUAGCUGUAUUUCAAAUUUUGAUGUAUUGUGUUGAUGAAUUCAUUGUGUGGUAAAUGGAAAUGAGUGUGUAGCGCUGUUUGAUGAAAUGUGGACAGGCCAGAGGUUUUUACUUGUAACCAUGGUUAUUGUUAAUAUUAUUACUAAUAUUUUAGAGUUCCUGUGGCACAAUUCAUCCUCAAAUCUGUGUCAACGGUGUAUUACUAGGCUGCAAUAAUCACAUGUUAUCAAUAGGUCAAAUGAUUAGAAUUUCUUAAUGACUGUGAUGUUACACAUUUGUGUUCAUAAAUUGUCACAGACAUUCAAACACCUUUAUGUUGAAGUGUAAGGCAUACAGAAUACCAUCUACUGUGGUAUAGUUGCCGAAGGACAAUUGUUUAAAGGAACAAAUUAAAUAAAUGCAUUUAAAAUAC